GGAGAUCCACGCCGAGACUUCACUUCUGCUGCAUCUAGUCCGCCUGGCGUCCCCUGUCUGCGCUGGGAGACCAGAGGAGCGUUUAUUUAUCCCCGUCUUGUACUCCCCAACCAUGACGUUCCGGAGGCUGAGGAAGGUGAACUCCAGCGGGCCGGAGAGCGGAGCCGCAUCCCCGGACGGAGACGUGUAUUUCCCCUCAUCCCAGUCGGACAGCUGCAGGACCGCAGACUCGCCCAGGAACUCCGAGGUCUACAACUACAAAACUCUGGCUUACUCCGGCGGGACGCUGCCCAGGAACCUCAGAAAGGGUGGAGGACCUCAGAAAUGGAAACCCCUGACAACGUCACCAGAACCACAGAGAAAUGUGGUGCUUCUGGAAAAAACAGAAGAGGAGUCGUUUGGUUUUGAGAUUCAGACUUACGGCCUCCAUCAUCAGGACCAAAACUCGGUGGAGAUGUGCACAUUUGUGUGCAAGGUGCACGACGACAGCCCGGCCCAGCAGGCAGGACUCAGAGUUGGGGACACCAUCGCCAGUGUAAACGAGGCCACGGUGGAGGGAUUUCGACACAAGGACAUCGUCCAGCUCAUCAGGGCCUGUGGCAACACUCUCAGGCUGGAGACGGUUUACAGUGACUCGAUCCGAAAAGCUGAGCUGGAGGCCCGGCUGCAGUAUCUGAAGCAAACUCUUCAUGAGAAGUGGGACGAGUACCGCUCGUUGAUGGUGCAGGAGCAGAGGCUCGUUCACGGCAUCGUGAUGAGCGACGCCGCCGUGUACGAGUCCCUGGAGUCGGCGGGUGUGUACGGCAGCCUGGGCGUGCCCAGCCCCGCCGUCCAGAGAGCCCUCCGCGGCACGGGCGGCACCGGCAGCACCAGCAGCAGCGCCAGCUUCCUCAGCACGGCCACCGAGGACGACCCCCUCUACCAAACCUGCCUGUACCAGGCGGACAGCAACAUGGACUCAGACAACGCAGACACCAAGAAAGAGCAGCAGCCGCCGCCGAGGCAGUCGCGUCUCCGGCCGGCCAGCGAGCUUUUCACGGCGGCCAAGACCCAGCUGACCCGCAGCGCCAGCACCCGCAGCUACGUCCGGGGAUCGUCCUCGUCGAAUUCUGCAGACAAGCAGGCGGGAUUCAGCACGCUGCAGAGGAAGCCCAAGCAGAAGAGCUUCCGCAGGCGCAUCCUCAAAUUCAUCCCGGGCUUGAAUCGACCGCUGGAGGAGGAGGAGAGCAAGCUGUGAGCUGCAGAGAGAUCUGUUCAGCUAAACCUAACAACGGACAGACCUAGAGACUUAAAAGCGCCAGCGACGGUCCGAUUUAAAGUACCAAAGAAAACCACAGCAGCCCCAAAGAGCGACGAGUCUGAGACCAAAGUAAAUGGGCUUUAGUUGCACCUCCCUGUGUUGAAGUGACUUAACCAGUCAACGUUUGGCUACAUCCAGUAACCUUCAGUGUUUAUGGAGUGUACAUAACUUUUGUUUUUGUUUGUCUUGAUUUUUAAGUUAUUUAUUUAUUUUUACAUGUUCUGCUCAUGUACAGAAUGAAGGACACCUUCCUUUUUUUUUCAGCAUGCACACAUUCUGACAGCUGGACGAAAAACCAGUGGCAACUGGAACUGUGCAACGUUUUGUUUUGGUUUUGUAAAAGACAAACCUGUUGUUGAUUUGGGAUGACUUGGAUCCUGUUUUAUUUUUCCACCCAAGCUAAUGUUUCCUAAAAAAUUAAAAAAAAAUUGUGGCAUUUCCAGCGUGCAUGCUCAUUAUUUUGGACAGAGA